UUUAUUGUGUACUUGUGCUGACUGAGAUUAUGUAUGUAUUAUUUAUUCAGUAAUGUAUGGUGAGAUUUAUGCACUUGGUAAUGCGGUGUUGAGUCACCUACAAUCAAAGCAUACAAUAUAAAUCCAUUCGCAUGUCAUCUGUUCCAAUCAAGUAAGUAUGUAAUCCGACUGACGCAUAUGCACACAUAUUACACCUUAUAAAUUCCGUAAUCAUGAGUCAAGAAGACAAGCUUCAAUCGGAUUCAUGCAUCCAAAAAGUUCCCAUUCACCCGGAAAUCGUGACUUUGUCCGUGGUCAAAAAAAUCGCGUCUGCGUACAAGGAAGAUUCUGAGGUAGUUUCAUUCACCUCAAGACUCGCCACAAAACCGGGAGAUAACUACAUGUCGAUCAUCUACUCGGUCAAAAUCCUUCUAAAUAAUGGACCAACUUUGACCGAAAAUCUGGACAUUAUGCUAAAAGCGAUGCCUCGAGCUGUCUCCCGACAAGAAAUGAUUAACGAGAUGGCCGCCUUUGUUAAAGAGGGAAACAUGUACACACAAGUGUUUCCAGAGAUUAUCAAAUUCCAAGAGGAGCUAGGAUUGCUAAAAGCAGAAUUGUUUUCCUGCUGGCCAACCUGCUACGCCACAUUUCACGAUGGUGCGAAUGAUUACUUGGCACUGGAGGAUUUACGGGGACAGGGUUUCUCCAUGGCUGAUCGUACCAAUGGCUUGUCGCCCCAUCAGAUUCGUUCCGUUUUAAAAAAUCUGGCCUAUUUCCAUGCCAUCUCGUACUCCCAAUUUGGUGGUGAUUCCUCUAAAAUUAUGGAAACUUAUCCCUGGUUGGAAGAGAAACUAUUUCCCGCCCAAGGAAGCCGGAUGACCGAUCCUGACUCUAUGAAAACAUGGAUGACUGCAAUUCUUAUCAAGGACGCGGAAAUAUUGCGGACCUCGGGUCACACCGAGCAAGCGGAGUUGAUCCUUCACAAACUUUGCAGUGAUGACGAGGCUGGUGUCAAACUUUGGGACGAUUUGUACACCAUAGUUUCUGGUGGGAUGGAUAGUCAAAAUGCCGUCAUCAAUCAUGGAGACUGUUGGACGAAUAAUAUUCUUUUUAACGGAGAAACGGAUCAAGUAAAGCUGUUGGAUUUCCAAUUGGCCAGAUGCGCCCCGAGGUCGGUGGACAUUUCUUACUUCCUGUACUCGAGUGUUCCCCUGGACGACUUGGAAAGUGGGGAGGAUGGUUAUCUCAGGUGGUAUCAUGACCAUUUUGUGCAGUUCUUGGGGGAUAAAUUAUGCCUGAAAGGGGAGGGGUUAAUCUGGGCGGAUUUUAUGGAGGAGUGGAAUCAGUGCAAGAUUUACGGCGUGAUUUGGGGCCUUGUCUUGGCACCGAUUAUGUCGGCUGAGCCGGUGGAAAUAUGUAGCGAUCAUGAAUUGAAAGAGGAAGACUUUGGUGCAUACGACAUUGGAAAUUUGGGUGACGAGGUCACCUCAAGUAAGGAAGAAUUGGUCAAGAGGAUUUGUUACCUUGCUGUCAAUAUAUUACCGAAAUGUCCACAAAUGUGUUAAGAAUUUAGCACGCUAUUCUCCAGCCACCGUCCUAUACUGCCAGCUCAAUUGAAGUAGUAAAUCAUGAGAUUAAUUUUAAUAAAUUGUUAUUUUCUUUAAUAUAAUCUGACUUGCUCAUGUGCGAGUUCCCAAAUGCGCUUUGAGAAACCUUUGUUGAAGUUACUAUAUUACGAGUUAAAUGGAUGAUUGCAUAUAAAUAACACCAAUAAAAUUUAAAGGUAGAAUUAUCGGAUCACAUGGAUGACAUCUUUGAAGUGAUUUAUUUAUAAGCUUUCAGGGUUCAACUGCCCCCUUCUUCAGGUGUAAAAAUGUACAGGAAAGAAUUAUAAUUUCAUGAAUAUUUUCAAAUUAAACCAAGUUGUUGACCUCA